CAAUAAGCUUGCAGUUAUUGGAUUUGUCAAACAAUAAUCUUUCUGGAGAAAUUCCUAAGUCCUUGGAGGAACUCCGGUAUCUCACAUAUUUCAAUGUGUCUUUCAAUGAAUUACAAGGAGAGAUACCAAAUGGAAGAGCUUUUAUAAAUUUAUCAGCUAAAUCAUUUAUGGGGAACAAAGGACUAUGUGGUGCCGCUAAACUUCAAGUUCAGCCCUGUGAAACUAGCACUCAUCAAGGAUCAAAGGCAGCUAGUAAACUUGCAUUGAGGUAUGGUUUGAUGGCGACAGGAUUAACAAUUUUGGCAGUGGCGGCUGUUGCUAUUAUCUUCAUCAGGUCUCGCAAAAGGAACAUGCGGAUAACUGAAGGAUUGUUACCUUUGGCAACAUUGAAAAGAAUUUCAUAUCGAGAGCUUGAGCAGGCAACAGAUAAAUUUAACGAGAUGAACUUGCUUGGUAGAGGGAGUUUUGGGUCAGUAUACAAAGACUUUUCAGAUGGGUCGAGUGUUGCAGUAAAAGUUUUCAAUUUGCAGGUAGAAGGAGCAUUCAAGAGUUUUGAUGUCGAGUGUGAAGUAUUGCGCAUGAUUCGGCAUCGAAAUCUUGUCAAAAUAAUAACAAGUUGCAGUGAUAUCAACAUUGAUUUUAAAGCCUUAGUUCUUGAGUUCAUGCCUAAUUAUAGCCUUGAAAAUGGUUGUGUUCUCCGAAACAUCUUGGAACUCCUAGAGAGGUUGAACAUAAUGCUUGAUGUUGCAUCAGCAGUAGAGUACCUUCAUCAUGGUUAUGCAAUGCCAAUAGUUCACUGUGAUUUAAAGCCCAGCAAUAUCCUACUAGACGAGAACAUGGUUGCUCAUGUAACUGACUUUGGCAUUGCAAAACUCCUUGGUGAUGAGCAUUCUUUCAUACAGACCAUCACAUUAGCUACUGUUGGCUACAUGGCACCAGAGUAUGGAUCAGAAGGAGUUGUUUCAACUGGAGGUGACAUAUAUAGUUUUGGUAUUUUGUUAAUGGAAACCUUCACAAGAAAAAAGCCUACAGAUGAUAUGUUUAAUGAGGAAAUAAGCAUGAAGCAAUGGGUUCAAGAGUCAGUACCUGGUGGCGUAACUCAAAUUACAGACCCCGAUUUGCUAAGGAUUGAGGAACAACAUUUUUCUGCUAAGAAGGAUUGCAUAUUAUCUGUCAUGCAAGUGGCCCUUCAGUGGUCUGCAGGUAAUAUUGCAGUGUUUGGAUUUGCAGCAACAUAGAUGGAAGUGUCUCCUCAGACAAAGCCAAUCUCAAUAACUGGAAUGUCCAGUGUUGAUCAACAUUAUUUAGAUGAGUGUUUCAGGAUUCACAGAUAAUUCAAUAUUGUUCGUGUGAAAUAAUUAUGACAGUUCUUCCUAAAUACAAUUAAAUUCAUCUUCA